AUGGCUAAAAAAAGAAAAAUUGACAGCGAAUAUCGACAAUUCCAACAAAGAUGGGAAACAGAUUAUUUAUUCUGUGAGUACAAGGACAAGCCAAUGUGCCUCAUAUGUCAAGAGUCACUAGCAGUUUUUAAAGAAUAUAAUCUUAGGAGGCAUUUCGAAACGAAGCAUGACCAAUAUGGAUGCAUGGACAUGGAUAUGCGGCAGCGAAAAGUCAAAGAACUGAAACACAAACUUCAGCAACAACAAAACAUGUUCACUCGCAUGAACAGUCAUAGUGAGGGAGCUGUGAAGGCAAGCUUCAUAAUUGCAGAGGAAAUAGCAAGAGCAUGCAAGCCGUUUACAGAGGGAGAAUUUAUUAAAAACUGUAUGGAUAAGGUAUGUGGUGUUGUUUGCCCGGACAAAAAACAAGCCUUUGCUAACAUCAGCCUUUCUCGAAACACUGUGGCUAGUCGAGUGGAUGAGCUGGCCUCUGACAUACAGGCCCAGUUAAAAGAUAAAGCUAAAAACUUUGUUGCAUAUUCACUGGCCGUAGAUGAGAGUGCAGACAAAACGGACACUGCCCAGCUCUCUAUAUACAUUCGAGGGAUAGAUGCACAGUUUUCCGUCACUGAGGAACUUUUGGAUAUAAGAGCGAUGCACGGGACAACAUCUGGACAGGACAUUUUCUCACGAGUGGAACAGUGUGUCAGUGAAGCAGAAUUGCAGUGGAAUAAACUUGUUGGUCUUACAACGGACGGUGCACCUGCGAUGUGCGGUGAGUUCCGUGGCUUGGUCGGUUUGGUUAGAGAAAAGCUGGGGCACACAGGUGAAAACCUGACAGCCUACCACUGCAUCAUUCACCAGGAGGCAUUAUGUGGAAAGGUGCUGGAUAAGGGACAUAUAAUGACAGUUGUAAACAAAACAGUAAACUUUAUUCGUUCACGGGGUUUGAAUCACCGGCAAUUCAGGGCACUUUUAGAGGAGGAACAUUGCGUGCAUGAGGAUGUGCCAUACCACACAGAAGUGCGCUGGUUAAGUCGGGGUAAAGUGUUGCGACGAUUUUUUGAUACUCGCACUGAGAUCGCGCGAUUCAUGGAAAGCAAAAAUAAGUCCAUCCCCGAGCUCGAGAAUGAAAAAUGGCUGAGCGACUUGGCAUUUAUGUGUGAUAUAACGGAGCACCUCAACAAUCUAAAUGUAAAACUCCAGGGUCGAAAGCAGCUAAUCACUGAAAUGCGAGACUCGGUAAAUGCGUUUCAAAUGAAACUGCGCCUGUGGGAGGGCCAGAUGCGCCAAGCGAACCUGUCUCAUUUUCCCGUUUGCCAGUCAGUCAGUGACACGGUCACCAUCACAUUCCCGACUGAACUGUAUGCCGACAAACUGAACACACUGAAAGCGGAAUUCAGCAGGAGAUUUGCUGAUUUUGAAUCACAGAAGUUCAACUUCGACCUGUUUGCAAAUCCAUUUGUAGUUGAUGUUGACACUGCACCCGAGCACUUGCAAAUGGAACUAAUUGAAUUGCAAUGUAAUACUCAUCUAAAAGCCCAAUACCAGUCAGUUGGGGCAGCUGAAUUUGCACCUCUACUCCCUGAAUCGAUGCCACACCUUCGCCUUCACGCUGCACGCAUCAUGUCUAUGUUCGGAAGCACCUACUCCUGCGAGCAGAUGUUCUCCAUAAUGAAGCUGACUAAAACAUCCCACAGAUCCCGCCUCACAGACGAGCAUCUGGUCUCUGUAUUAAAGGUAGCCAUGGCAAGGGACAUUAACCCUAGAAUAGACAAGAUCAUUUCUAAGAAAAGGUGCAGAGUGUCUGGUAAGAGUUAAAAAGUGGCAUGUCUAAUUUGUUUAGAUUUGACAUAAGUCCAUGAAUGUGUCCUUUCAAGUUCAAGUUGAAAGCCAGAUAAUGCAAUAUCAGACAACUUGUUGACUGU